AGAGAGAUUAUAACUUUUUUGGCGCGUCCAUCCAACGCGCCCCCAAUUCUCUCUCGAACUCUAAUCUCCUCGAUCCAAAUCGCCGUUCUCCCCUAGCCUCUCUGGUGCCACCUGGUGCUGUGAGAGGGCCAUAAAACCUUCCGCUGUGUCUAUCUCCACCUCUUCCCUUCGUUGAUUUCCUCUCAGUUUGCCUCCUUGCUUGACGCCUCUGGAUCUGUUGGAUUCUUCCUCCAGAUAGUCGGAUAUCAAAGCCGUCUUUGGUUUCUCUGGAGCUCCGGCGGGGUAAGAAGAGUCGGGAUUAUCUUAGGGCCGACCCUUAGAUCCCCUGUUAGUCGCCGUUUGCGUUUGAAGUUGGGUCAACUUCGAGAUCCGAGAUAGCUAGAACACCAGACGCGUCGCUGCCGUCGCCGUUCUCGCCUCUUCAUCUCGCUUCAGAUGGCUCCUCUAUCAGGUCUCUCCAAGGGUCUCAGUAGAGCUUCUCCUCUCUUUGAGUGAAAGGUGGCUAUGAGUAAACAAAGCGAGGAGAGCGAAAAUCAAAAGAUGAAGGCGGCGCAGAAGCCGAUCCACGCCGUGACGACAUGGGUUCGCCGGCAACCACCAAAGGUCAAAGCUUUUCUCGCCGUUGUGUCCGCCAUGGCUGCUCUCGUCCUCUUGAGAAUGAUCGUUCACGACCACGACAACCUUUUCGUCGCCGCCGAAGCUGUCCACGCCCUCGGAAUCUCCGUCCUCAUCUACAAACUCACCAAGGAGAAGACUUGCGCCGGACUGUCUUUGAAGUCUCAAGAGUUAACAGCUCUGUUUCUGGCUGUGAGACUGUACUGUAGCUUUGUGAUGGAGUUUGAUAUCCACACGUUGCUUGAUUCGGCUACUUUGGUGACUACCCUUUGGGUUAUCUACAUGAUCCGUUUCAAGCUCAAGGCUAGUUACAUGGAAGACAAAGACAAUUUUGCAAUCUACUACGUUGUUGUACCAUGUGCUGUUUUAUCGGUUCUGAUUCACCCAUCAACACAUCACCAUAUAAUCAAUAAGAUCUCUUGGGCCUUCUGCGUUUACCUUGAAGCUGUUUCGGUUCUUCCUCAGCUUAGAGUCAUGCAAAACACUAAGAUCGUGGAGCCAUUCACAGCACAUUACGUAUUUGCAUUGGGGAUAGCUAGGUUCUUGAGCUGUGCACAUUGGGUUCUUCAGGUCUUGGACACUCGAGGGAGGUUACUGACUGCUUUAGGAUAUGGGUUUUGGCCUAUAAUGGUCCUCAUCUCUGAAGUCAUACAAACCUUCAUUCUCGCUGACUUCUGCUACUACUAUGUCAAGAGUUUGAUGGGUGGCCAGCUUGUUCUUCGUCUGCCGUCAGGUGUUGUGUAAAAUCUGUUGAAGAAGAGAGAAGAAGACACGGUAUGGCUUUUAAGCUUAGUAUGGAGUUUGGCUCUAUGUUUCUUUUUUGCAGACCAUCGUUUUAGUCUACUGUAAACUCCUUUUCUCAUACGUUUUAUGUUUUGUUUCUUGGAUGUAAAGGAAAAGGGAGUUGAUUUAGAGACUUUUGACAAUACUAAUUUCGUACCUCUCA